AUGCUCAUCCCCGUCCUCGCCGCCCUCGUUGUCGGCCUUGCGGCCACACCGGCGCUGGGCGCCAUCACACCCCCCGGGCCCUCGAGCUACAACUACAUCUUUGCGGGGUGCGCCACGCCGGGCAAUAUCCCCGUGUACAACACCUACUUGAAAGUGUAUGGCCUUACGCAGGCCGAGUGUGACGUGCACGUCACCGCUGCACCCUCUAGCUCCAAUUACAAGUACAGCUUCUACGCGCCGGCGGUAGACCUGGCUAAAAGCGAGUGCUACCUCGGUAACACGCCGCCGUGGGACGGCACGCUCCAAAUCCCGGAACCUGGCGACGCUGACGGCUCGUGCCGUGUCGGCCUGGUCCGCAUCGGAGUACUCAAAGAUCGUCCUACUGCCGGCAUUCCCUACGAGUGGACCUGGGCGGGGUGUUACGCCGGCCAGACGCAGAUCGACCCCCCAGCCUACGCCGGCAACUUCUUCAACGCCCCGGCCGGCACGCAGUGGGGUGUUCGCCUGGGAUACUUGGACAGAAGCGACUGCCUCAGGAUAUGUUCGUCGCGCUUGAGCACACUGAAAACCACCGACCCGGCAGAUUACGCCUCGACAAAGUAUGCCUACGCGCUUCUCUUUACUGAGGGGUCGCCGGAGGUCCAGCAGGGCGAGCAGGUCCACAAGUGCAUCUGCGCCCUCGGACCGGUCGAGGGCACGCCAGCCCAGUGCGAGGACUAUAACGGCGGCGAAAAGUUCACCAUGAGCUACCUGUACGCUGUGCAGAUCAACGACGUGAUCCCGUCUGCGGCACCGAACCGCAGGCGAGAGGCACAACGGAAGAAGCAGGAGAUGUUGCAUGCCAAGCUGCACGCGCAUUGCCCUGUCGGGUAUACCCCCUGCCGUAUCGCCCUCAACGGCGACAGCUACGAGUGCAUCGACACAGACACCGAGCUCGAGUCGUGUGGUGGGUGCUUGUUUGGAGAGCACGCUCGCAGGCCGGAGCUCCGGGCCCGCGAGGCCAUGGGCAGAGACUGCACGUCCGUCAUGGGCGUGGUUUCCGAGGCAGCAUCCUGUCGACGCGGGACAUGCGUCACGACUGCAUGCCGUCCGGGCUACAAGCUCGUAUACGACCACUGUGUGCAGGCGUAG